GCACUAGCAGGCCGAAUAUCUCCCUCUGUUUCUCGCUCAGAUUUGUCUCUGCCCCCUGCCUCCCUCUUCUUCUUCCCCCGGCAGGCGACGGGUCUGGAGUUCUGGCUGCUGAGGAAAGAGAACGGCAGGCCGGAGCCAGGCUGCAGCGGUCAGGUCGCUGAGGAGCCUUGCGGGGCAGGAACCCGAAUCCGGAUGAUUCCAGGAAUCGCCCCCGUGCCGGCGGCGCCGCCGGUGGCCUCGCCGCCUCAGCCUCGGCACAUGUUUGUGUUCGGCGCGGGCUUCGUUGGCCGCUACGUCUCGGAGCGCCUCCUCGCGCAGGGCUGGCAGAUCUCCGGGACGUGCACAAGUCCCGCCAAGAAGAGGGAGCUCGAGGUGCUGGGCAUGAAGGCUUCCGUCUUCGAUGCCACUGAGAGCAGUUCCAGCCUGCAAAGUAUCCACAGUUUGCAACAAGCAACACACUUGCUCAUCUCCAUCCCACCCAUUCCAGGUUUUGGUGAUCCUCUACUUAAUUUAAAUGAAGACCUGAGGAGAAUACUCAGCCAUGGUAAUCUUGAAUGGUUAUGCUACCUUUCAUCAACAAGUGUAUAUGGUGACUGUGGAGGUGCGUUGGUUGAUGAGGAUCAUAUGGUAAACCCAAAGAGCGAGUCUGCCAAGUUAAGAUAUGAAGCAGAAAAAGGAUGGCUCAAUCUUGUAAAUCAUCUAAAUCUGUCAGCUUUUAUAUUCCGUUUAGGCGGAAUAUAUGGACCUGGAAGAAGUGCUUUGGACACCUUAGCUAAGAACAACUCUUUGUCACAAAGACAGAAGAUGAGAGAAUCUAAGCAGUACACUGCCCGAAUCCAUGUGGCUGAUAUAUACCAGGCUGUCUUGGCCAGCAUGAGCACGAGAUGUGCGAGGAAAAUAUUCAACGUGGUGGAUGAUGACCCUGCCCCUAGAGCUGAAGUUUUUGCAUUUGCCAGGAGCUUGAUAGAGAUGAGACACCCUGAUCUGAUAACCGAAUCUCCUGAUGUCAAUUCUGCAGAAUCAGAUAUCCAAGAGAGAAUUUUGCCUGCCGAGAAAAGGGUCUCUAAUGCUCGGAUGAAGAAGGAACUUGGUGUUAAGCUGCUUCACCCAACUUACAGAUCUGGUCUGCAGAGUAUCCUUGAUUCUUGGCAAACUGAAUCUCAACUCCCUGAUAGAAGUCGGUAAUCUUUAUUUAGUUUUUGGUAUGCAUACAGGUACCAAGUUUUUCCCCCUUGUGUGUGUGUGUCUGUCCUGGAUUUGGUUCAGAUAACUUAAUGGAGAGCUAGCUGUUGGAUCUCAUGCGCA